GUCACUCUUUCAGCCCUUGAAUAAAAACAGCACCCAACUUCCCAGGCGCCCUCAUUGCCCAGCCGGACCCCAGCCCCUGAUAGGUUCGGUCCGGCCCGCUCGCCCCGUGUUCCGCCGGCCCCCGCCCAGCGCACCGGACCCUCCGGCGCCCCGCGCUCGCUCUCUCGGUUUGCUCGCACCAUGGACAAGUUUUGGGGGCGCUUAGCCUGGGGACUGUGCCUCCUGCAGCUGAGCCUGGCGCAGAUCGAUUUGAAUAUAACCUGCCGAUACGGAGGUGUGUUCCACGUGGAGAAAAAUGGUCGCUACAGCAUCUCCAGGACAGAGGCCGCUGACCUCUGCAAGGCUUUCAACAGCACCCUGCCCACCAUGGCCCAGAUGGAGAAAGCCCUGAGCAUGGGGUUUGAGACCUGCAGGUACGGGUUCAUAGAAGGGCAUGUGGUGAUCCCCCGUAUCCACCCUAACUCCAUCUGUGCUGCAAACAAUACAGGGGUGUACAUCCUCACAUCCAACACCUCCCAGUACGACACGUACUGCUUCAAUGCCUCAGCUCCACCCAGAGAAGAUUGCACAUCGGUCACACACCUGCCCAAUGCCUUUGAAGGACCAAUUACCAUAACCAUUGUCAACCGCGAUGGCACCCGCUACAGCCAGACAGGUGAAUACAGAACGAACCCUGAAGACAUCAACCCCAGCAGCCCCACUGACGAUGAUGUGAGCAGCGGAUCCUCCAGUGAGAGGAGCACUUCUGGAGGCUACAACAUCUUCCACACCCACCUUCCAACUGUAUACCCGACCCCGGACCAAGACAGUACGGUGGUGUCUGACAACCCAGAGCAUACCCCCAUUACCAGUACGGAUUCAAAUAUCAUCUCAGCAGGCUGGGAACCAACUGAAGAAAAUGAAGAUGAAAGAGACAAACACCCCAGUUAUUCUGGAUCAGGCAUUGAUGAUGAUGAAGAUUUUAUCUCCAGCACCAUUCCAACCACACCACGGCUUUUUAACCACCCAAAACAGAACCAGGAUUGGACCUCGCGGAGCCCCGGUGAAUCGAAUCCAGGAAUAUUACUUCAGACUACUACAAGGAUGACUGAUGUGGACCAAAGUGGCACCAGUACUAAGGGAGAGGCCUGGCCCCGCGAACCACACUCUCCUCUCAUUCACCAUGAGCAUCAUGACGAAGAGGAGGCUCAGCAUCCUGCAAGCACAACCCCAGCCCAAGAAGGCCAUCCAGACCAAAGAAUGACAACGCAGAGCCAAGAGGACAGCUCCUGGACUUAUUUCUUUGACCCAAUCUCACAUCCAAUGGGACGAGAUCAUCAAACAGAAAGAUGGAUGGAUAUGGACUCCAGCCAUAGUACAACACGUCAGCCUUCUGCAGAUCCAAACACACAUUUGGUGGAAGACCUGGACAAGACAGGACCUUUUUCAGUGACAACUCAGCAGAGUCAUACUCAGAGCUUCUCUACAUCACAUGGAGGCUUGGAAGAAGAUAAACACCAUCCAAUGACUUCUACUCCAACAUCUAGCAAUAGAACUGAUGGCAGAGGUGGAAGAAGAGGUGUACAUCUUCCUGAAGACUCAGCUACUUCAGUGGAAGGUUCUACUUCUCACUCACCAGCCACGGGGGAAUACAGGACCCUCAUCCCUGUCACCCCUGCUAACACGGGGUCCCCUGGAGUUACUGAAGUCAAUAUUGCUGGAGAUUCCAACUCUAACGUUAUUCAUUUCUUUUCAGAAGACCAAGACUCAUCAGUUCACCCCAGUGGAACGUCCCAUACCACUCAUGGAUCAGAAUCAGCUGGCCACUCAAGUGGGAGUCAAGAAGGUGGGGCAAACACGACCUCGGAAUUUCCUAUGCGGAAACCUCAAAUUCCAGAAUGGCUCAUCAUCUUGGCCUCCCUCCUGGCCUUGGCUUUGAUUCUUGCCGUUUGCAUUGCUGUCAAUAGUCGAAGAAGGUGUGGGCAGAAGAAGAAGCUGGUGAUCAACAAUGGCAACGGAGCAGUGGGGGACCGGAAGCCAAGCGGAAUCAACGGAGAGGCCAGCAAGUCUCAGGAGAUGGUGCACUUGGUGAACAAGGAGCCCUCAGAGACUCCAGAUCAGUAUAUGACAGCCGACGAGACGCGGAACCUGCAGAAUGUGGACAUGAAGAUUGGGGUGUAACACCCACGCCGUGGUGACCUUGGAGAGAAACGGCAGUUGGAGACAUAACCCUGAUAAGGAGCUGGGACACUUCACAGAUGCAAUGUGCUACUGAUUGUUUCAUUGGGGAUCUUUUUUUAGUAUAAAAUUUUCUACUCCUUUUUGUUUUUUGCGUUUUAUUUUUUAAAGUCAGGUCCAGUUUAUAAAAACAGCAUUGCUUUCUGAAAUGAGGGCCCAAAUGAUAACCUGCAAGAAUUUGACUGCUCCAGUUCCCACCUAGAAGCCUCCACCCCUGAGGGCAUGCUCUGGAUGGCUUCUAACAAAAGCCACAAAUACAUCUUCCUGAUCCCCGACCUUCCCUCCACUCCUCCUCCCAGGCAACAGCAGCCAGCUAAGGACAUCCCCCAGGGCUAAGAGGGAUUGGUCCCUGGGAAGAUAUUUGAAUGGGUCCACAUCCCUCCCCUCCUCCUGCAGCCUAGUCCCUGGGCAUUUCUUUCCAGUGGGGUAGGGGAUCAGAAUGUACUGGUUACACAUCCCCUUCUACAGAGCCCCUGGAAAUUUUUCACAUGCUUCUGGGAAAUACCCAAAAGGUGAAGCUAUUUAUCUGUAGGAAGCUAUUUAUCUGUGUUUUUGAAAUAUUAAACCCUGGAGGUCCUUUGAUCAGUAUGAUUUUUUUUUUUUUUGGUUACUUUGUCAGAGGCAUAAAGGGUUUAAGCUGAUUCAUAAUAAACAUCUGUACUUCUUCCACUUUAACCCUUUGUGCUGUGAUCCUUCAGUUUUUUUCACCAGCAAGGUCUGGUUCCCAAAAACCCAUCAGGAAGAUGUGAGAAAGCCCUCCUUGAAAGUCUUCAUCUCAGAGCCACUAAGCCCCCCAUUCAGGCUCACUCAACCAAAUCUCAAAGAGAAUCCAGGAAGAUAGUGCUGUGUUAUCUCUGGGGCUCCAGAGCUUUCUUCUGUCCUAGCACCAGAGUUGUGAGGGGAGGAACCUCAGCUGCUUUUAUGUGAGAAUGGCCACCAGUUCUCUGCCCUGAAAGGCUGUGAAAAGUCACAUUACAUUGCAUGACCUACCAUUUGUGGCACCCCAUUUCAUAGACACUGACCCUGUGAAGUGAUGUCCAAAAACAAUAUGGAAGUACCUUUUGACCUCUUGUAAUGAAAAGAGAAGCCAAUGGAAAUGAAAGAGAGCAUAGACAGUAGCCAACCGAUUGCCACAGGUUGGGGAAGGGGGAGGCAGCUGUGUAGAUCCUGUCUGAAUAUUUUUAUAACUGUAUUUGUUUAUACUUUAGCAAGCCAGCUGUCCCCGACAUAGUUGCUACUCAGGGUACGUUAAGUGCCUGGGAAGUCCCUCAGAAGGUUACAGGGCUUCCCACCAUUGGACUCUUAGCACCAGAUAGGCAGGUUUAUGACCAAAUAAGAGAAUAAUGGCUUUAUCCCUUGCUUGGCAAGUCCUCGGUCUUUAGUCAUUGGUUCAGAAGUCCCAUUGGUCCUGGAACUUCCAAAGAUGCUUUGUAAUAGAAGAAAUUGAAUCUAUAAGGCAAGGACUCCUAAAAAAUGAGACUGCUCUCCUUAUGCCCCCAUAAAAAGUCAUCUGUUGCCUAAACUGAUAGGUUUAACUGGUGAUGUUGCUAAGACCAGAGAGAGAGAGAGAGAGAGAGAGAGAGAAAGAAGACGAAGGAAGAGGAGGAAGAAGAGAAAAAGAAGGAGGAGGAGAAGAAAAUAGGUCCCACAUUAGUCAGGGCUGGGCUUAUACCUGGGGCGAUUAUGAAGGGUCUAUUUUUAAAACAGAGGCCCACUUUCUGCACUCAUUUCCAACUUCUGUUCUCCCCUCUCCACCUUCAUAACCUCCUCCCAAUCAUGAUCUUUGAAAACUUCCUUCUCUUCUGUGAACUUCAUUGGCCAGUUCCAUACCCAGCUGUCUGGUUUUCCUUUUAUUUUCAAGUGGAAAGAAAAGACAUGGACAUCUAGCCCCUCCGUUUCACAGUCACCAUGUCCAAGUGCUCCCUGCUUUCCAAGAGCUUUCCUGGUCUGCUGCAGACACGCUCAUUCCAGCUCUUUAGCCACUCCAGGAUCCGGUUCAGGAGGGCUAUGCCAGCCAGGUUCUAUCUGUCCCGAGAUUUUCUUCAGGGUCAUGGAUUGUCUUACAAGUCUCACAGCUAGGGAUGGUUUUCCUUUUCUAGAGAUUUCCAAUAAAUAGGCUGAGAUAGGUGAUUGUUUUCUAUUUUUAGAAUUUAGUACGAUCUUUCCUUUUAUUACUGUUGUAGUCCCUCACUUGGAUAUGCCUCUGUGUUCUCAAAUAAGAAUGGGAGAGGUCCAGAGCUUCCAGCCCUUGGAUGCAAUACCCCUCCAAUACUGCCCAGAGUUCAUGGAAUAGGAUGUAUUCUCUCCCAUUUGAAACAAUGGCAUAGAGAGCUUAAGAUGCAAUUUUUCCUAAAAUUUCUUAAAUCUUUUGUGUCUCCUGAGGGCUGUCUUUAACUUAGCACUGGGUGAAAAUAAAAUGGGACAAGAGACUCCUUCAUAUCAAUAUUUUGUAGAUUCUAGCCUGGCAGAAUGGAAUUCUCAAGCAGAACCUCUCAAAGUUUUAUAUUGAGAUCAUGAGGCCAAGAAUUGAUUUCAUAGCCAAUGUUCAUUCAAUACUGGUACAGCAGAGGAGUGGGAGAAAGGAAUCUCUGACUUCUCUAGAAAUGUCAAGUGUACUUAAGAAUAAGAAUAACGUGGUCCAUUUACCUUUAUGUAUUGGUAUGCCUUUCUAUAAAUCACUUAUGUUGAGUUUUCAAAGAAUAGCUCAUUGUUCAUGCAUGUACAGUAACCAUUGUUACUUUGAUUUGUCACAGCACACCCUUCCUCUGAUUUUUGUAUAUUUAUUGAUGGACCAGUAGUAAUGAGGAAAGCAUGAUAUGUAUAUGGCCCAGUUGAAAGCACUUAUUGGAAAACACCAAAAGGCUACUAUUAAAAGUCUAAAGGAAACAGA